AUCCAGAAACCACACUAUCCACUGGACAACCCGAGACAAGAAACUAUAACCACAUCUAUCAACAUGAGUCAGUUGAAAGGAGUAAAGGCAAUAUGUUGGAAAAUUACAUUAAUCAAGAAGAU